AUGUCAGACACAAUAGCCACAAAGGAAGAAGUUGCCUUAGUGUUUGACAAGUUGAGAAAGGACCCUGCCAACCAGGUUUGUUUUGAUUGCUCCAACAAGAAUCCAACUUGGACGUCAGUUCCGUUUGGUAUAUUCUUGUGUUUGCAAUGUUCAUCAGUUCACCGUAACUUGGGUGUACACGUCUCAUUCGUCAGGUCCUCCAACUUGGACAGCUGGCAGCGUAUGCAAUUAAGAAACUUUAAGUUUGGGGGUAACCAACCGGCAAAGGACUUUUUCAUUAAAAAUGGAGGCUCGCAAUUUGUCAAUAAUAAACAAGGUGUUGAUGCUACUACCAAAUAUUCGUCGCCAGCAGCUAACAAGUACAAAGAGAAGUUGAAGCAAAAGGCAAGUGCUGAUGCUAUUAAACACCCAGACGUAGUUACUUUGGACGAUUUGGCUGAGGCAUCACUGAACGCUGAUUCGUCAAAUGAUAGCACUGACGACUUUUUCUCCAACUGGACCAAACCAGUAGCCGCCACACCAUCGCCUUUGGGCUCACUCAAUGGAACCCCAACUGGAUCCACUGAUGACUUGCUGAAGAAGAAGCCGGUUUCUAGAACUAGCACACCUACGCCCACAACAGCUUCAUCGCGGUUAAAGAACAACACAGCAGCUAAAAAGUCCAUUUUGUCGGCAAAGGGUAACGGGCCAAGAAAGUCAAGGUUAGCAGCCAAGAAGAUCAACAAAAAUGAUGAAGCCAUUGACUUUGAUGAGAUCGAAAGAAAGGCACGUGAGGAAGAAGAGGAACGCAAGAAGUUGGGAUACACCCCGGAGGAACCUACUGCUCCUGUAGCAACUACGCCAUUGGAGAAAAAAGCAUCAAGCUCGUUGUCGUUGAAGCUGGACCCAAAGAGUGAAAAGCUGGCACCUGCGCCAAUCCAAGAAACCACCCAGCAAUUUCAAAAAUUAGGAUUUGGCAUGGUCCAGGGUGAUAGUGCCGUUAACAACGGACCUGCUAAGAAGUACAAGGAUGUGAAGUAUACUGGAGAAGUGUCAAACAAGUUUGGAACACAAAAGGGUAUUUCCUCUGACGAGUUCUUUGGAAGAGGACCUCGAUUUGAUGAGAAUGCAACAAACGAAGCCAAGGCUAAACUACAAGCUUUUGGCGGUGCCCAGUCUAUCUCUUCCUCUUCGUAUUUCGGCGAAGAAGAGGAAGGACAAGGCUCAACUGGUGCUGGCAGAGGUCGUGGUGGAUCACAAGGGGGCAUUAAUUUGAACGAUUUAGAAGCAAGUGCACGUGAGUUUGCUUCAAGAUUCUCUGGUAACGCAAAUGACGAUAUGGAAGUCUUGAAGGAUGCUUUGGAGGAUGGUGCUACCAAGUUGGGAUCGUAUUUAAGAGACUUCCUAAGGUGA